GCAGGGAGGAGGCUAGCAAAGGGUUAAAAGAUGUUGCACGUCACACAACAGGUACUACUUCUCCGUACGGAGUGUGGAGCUUAAAUGCUAAAUGUAGGCAUGUGUUCUGUGUGGAAUUUGGUGGAGCAGAACUGUGGACAGACAUUAAGUAACAGGAAUCAAACAUCUCGGUCUAAUCUCGCAGGACUUUUAAAGGGUGGUGUGGAACACCGAUUUCUCCACUCCGCGAGCCCCCGUCCUGACCGGGCGCCCCCUCUUUAAGACCGUGUUUCUUCGCUUGUGUCCAGGACUUUAGGAACUUUAAGGGACUUUAAAGAACCUUUUAGGAACUUUUCGGAUCUCCAGGGACCUCGGGAACUCGUCUUUUAAGCGUUGGACAUGUGGUGGAUGCUGUUUCCGCGCUGGAUCUGGUUUAUUGUGGCUCAGCUCUGCGUCCCGCGCCCGGUCAGGGCGAUGACCAUCUCCAAGGUGGUGUAUUCCCACGCGGGCAUGUGUCCCAACGAGAUGAACCCCAACCUGUGGGUGGACGCCAUGAGCACCUGCAUGCGCGAGUGCGAGUCCGACCAGGACUGUGAGACAUUUGAGAAAUGCUGUUUGAAUGUGUGUGGGAGCAAGAGCUGUGUGGCCGCACGCUACAUGGAUAUAAAGGGGAACAAAGGACCCGUGGGAAUGCCGAAAGAGGCCACAUGUGACAAGUUCAUGUGCAGCCAGCAGGGCUCCGAGUGCGACAUAUGGGACGGGCAGCCGGUGUGCAAGUGCCGUGACCGGUGCGAGCGGGAGCCCCAUUUUACCUGCGCUUCUGAUGGCAUGACCUACUACAACAAGUGCUACAUGGAUGCGGAGGCCUGCUCUAAAGGAGUGACGCUGACUGAGGUCACCUGCCGGUACCACCUCAUGUGGCCCAACACCAGCCCUUUGCCUGAGGAGACGACCAUGCGACCCACCACCGUCCGUCUGGAGACUACCCCGAUGGACAUCCAGCCUCCCACCAUGAUCAGCAAUCCAGCGCACAACUUUGUGUUUGUGGGCGAGACGGCGAGCUUCUUGUGCGAAGUUUCUGGAAAGCCCAGACCAGAGAUUACCUGGGAGAAGCAGGUGGAGGGGAAGGAGAACACGGUCAUGCGUCCCAAUCACGUACAAGGUAACGUGGUUGUGACGAACAUCGCCCAGCUUGUCAUCUACAAUGCCCAGCUCCAGGAUGCUGGAAUCUACACCUGCACUGCCAAGAAUCUGGGUGGAUCUGUACAAGCACACUUCCCGUUGUCCGUCAUCCGUAGAGAGCAAGGAAAGGAGGAGGUCGGGGCGAACUCCACCCGUCUACCUGCCGAGGAGUGCCUGAAGGCACCGGACAUAGGAGACUGUGGUGAGGAGAGCGUCAGCUGGUACUACGAAGCCAAGCGCAACAACUGCUUCACCUUCACCUACAGCCAGUGCAACAAGAACAGGAAUCACUUCGACACGUACGAGUCCUGCAUGCUGUCCUGUGGAGCGGAACUGGCGGCCCCCUGCUCCCUGCCCAGCCUCCAGGGACCAUGCAAAGCAUAUGAACCACGGUGGGCAUACAACCAUCUCCUCAAGCAGUGCCAGUCCUUUGUGUACGGCGGCUGUGGUGGAAAUGAGAAUAACUUUGAAAGCAAGGAGGCGUGCGAGGAGAUGUGUUCCUUCCCCAAGAAACAUAACUGCAAGUUGUGCAAGCCACGGCAGAGGAUGGUCACCAGCUUCUGCAAGAGCGACUUUGUGAUCUUGGGUCGCAUGACGGAGCUGACGGAGGAUCAGGAUUCAGGCCACGCGCUCAUCACUGUGGAGGAGAUCCUGAAAGAUGAGAAGAUGGGCCUGAAGUUCUUUGGACAGGAGCCUCUGGAGGUGACACUGCUCAACAUGGACUGGAACUGCCCAUGCCCCAACAUCACCAGUGCUGAGGGUCAAUUGAUUAUCAUGGGCGAUGUACACAAUGGCAUGGCAGUGCUGCAACCUGACAGCUUCGUCGGCAGUUCCAGCAGCCGCCGGGUACGCAAGUUGCGUGAGGUCGCCAACAAGAAGACGUGUGCUUUACUCAAAGAGUUUGGCAGCACGCAAUAGUGGUUAGCUCAGUGUGCAAUUCUAUUUUCAUGCUUUGGAUGGACUACUGGGGACAAUACUAUACUAGCCCUGUACAGCCCUUUCGCACUUGGCAUUUGCCACAGUGCAUUAUUGUAUACAAUUUUUAAAAAUAAUCAUAUUCCAUCAUAUUCCAGCACUUGUUUUUUUUUU